UGUAGAUUUCAGAUCUCAGUCUGUGAACGGAAACAGCCUCAUACUCUCAUACUGUGAAAUACAAUUAUUACAGGACGUCUUACAGAGUGUAAAUUACAAGGGUGGAAGGUUCUGUGCUGGGUUAAAAUGGAUUUAUGUAACCUAAAGGAAAUCUGGUGUCAGGUUGUUGAUCUUCAAAGUGGAACUGAGAGUUAUGGGGCUCAUUGUAGUGUUCCUUUUCUGGUUCAGCUUUGCUGAAGAUAUUAGUGUUGACUCACUGGAGGACAAAUAUGGAUUGAAAGGAAGCUCUAUAGAUUUCAACAUUAUUGACACAAAUCAGUCAAUGGUUAAAUGGCGACGAACUGACAUUUCAACCAGCCAAUUAAUUGCCGAUAGUACAAAGGGCGUUGCUCCAUUUUAUAAGAAGAAAGUGGAGAUGAACUCAGAUUCAAAGUCAUUGAAAAUUAAAAACCUUCAGAAAAAUGACAGUGGGACGUAUACGGCCUUAACAGAGUGGGAGGACAAAACUCUGGCUGAAGUUAGGUUAACAGUAGAAAAUGCAGUCUCUAAACCUACAAUCCUGAAUCAUGACUUUAAUUCUUCCACUGGAGGGUGUCAGAGCUCAGUAAACUGUUCAGCUGAUGGAAGUUGGGCCACUUACGACUGUGACCAAAGUAUUUGUACACAAACACAUGUCUCUCUAACCUCUAUUAACAUCACUGUUACUACACUAGACAGCAGAGAUGUUCAAUGUCUGGCCAACAAUCAUGUGAGCACCAACAAAUCCACAAUUACAAUUAUGUGCCAGGAGAAACAAACAGAUUUUCACUCACCUCCAAGAUAUGUGUUUUGGAUCGUCAUCACCCUUUGUGUUUGUGUUGGGUUGAGCUUGUUUUUGGUUUUGAUGAUAGUGUUAAUCAAAAAGCUAAAAUCUUCUAAAGUUUUCCCACAGUCUUGUUUUACCGGGGUAGAUGGUCCAGCAGAUGAACAAGAUCCUAAAACUAUCUACAGCACAGUUCAGAAACCCAACUCCUUCCAGACUCCCCCAGGAAACAACGCUGACAACAGUAUAGAAGCUACCAUAUAUGACACCCCAUCAAAACAUCCAAAGGCUCAUCACGUUAACAGUGUGGAAGUAAAUCAGGAGCAACAACGCCCUCAAGAGGACAGAACUGUAAAAGUAAGAGCUACAGUCCACCAAGCGGCAGGACCAGAUUCAGAGCAAAUCAACACAAUUUACUGCAAAUUGGGAGAAAUAUGAUUUUUUUAAUUAUGUCUUCUUUUCCUGCUGUGUAUUUUACUUUCUGGGUUUAUUUUAAUUUACAUUUACAGCUGUUGGGCCUAUAUUGCUUAAUAAACAAUCUGGUUGACAAGGAAAAAGCAGUUAUUCCAAGUGAUGAUAAAACAUUUUUUUAAUCGAUUAAAAUCAGAUGAAAUUAAUUAUAAAGAUACAUAUGAUUCAUUUUCUAAGCUCUGUCUGGAUUGAAGAAAAAUUGUAAUGCAACAGUGAUAGUAGAUGAGUAUUGUGAUCAAGGGCGUAGAUUUGGUUUGAACAUUGGGGGGGUUGAACAUCCCAGAUAGCACACGAACAUCACGGAGACGUCUAUUUGAUGUGUGUGUUUACAUCUGGAAGACGUAUUUUUUAGAGUGUUUGCUCAUCUGCAAUAUGUCUAUAGGACGUUUCCUGUUAGAAGAUGUCUUUAAGAUGUAAUGAUUUAGAAUCAUCCCAGGUUCGAUCCCAUGCUCUCCCAUUCAAACACCACUCGCGUUGUUUUGGUAAAAGUGCGACUGAUUGGUUGGGCUUUACCAAUCGGUUCAAUGGAGGGGGGAGUAUUUUUUGUCUGAUUUGUUAUGACACACUCAUAUUUGAUUAGGAACAAAAUUAUUGUCACAAAAUAAAGUAAUUCUACAUAUUUUUCAUUUGAUCUACUGUGAUUUUCAUGUUGAAAUAUUGGAGGGGUUGUAACUGAUGGAUUUAAAUAUUGGGGGGGGUUACCUCCCCCCGAUUCCCCCCAUAAACUACGCCCCUGAUUGUGAUUAAUUGUACAACUAUUGUUCAGAAUUUUUUCAGUUAAGUUAAAUAAAUGUUUAUUUAAUUUUAA